UAGGGGAAAAUGAUGUAGUUGUCCACUUGUCCCGUUGAGAAUUCUUUGGGCGGAGGCUAUAUUUAGGGUUUGACACCGCUAUUGACGGAAGAACAAUUUGGAUGAGGAAGACUAAUUCGUCGGCUUUUCUAUCUCUGUAACUCUGGGCUUGCAGAUUUUGUAAAUGGAAUGGUCUCUAUGAAGCAAAACUAAGAAUGAGUUGUUGUAUAUAGUUAUCUUUGAAAUCUUCGAUUUGAAGUUGUUGAUAGGGUUUCACUCUCUAGGAAGAAAUGGAAAUAAACUUAGGAAGGGAAUUGGAUAGUAGCAGGCAUUAUGAUGUUGAUUUGAAAAGAAAAUGGGAGGCUCAAUCUGAGACAUUUAGUAAUGGAACUACCUGCUUAUUGCUACCGAAUAGCUCUCCUCCUAAUUCUUGCACAGACAAGCUUGGCAAGCGAAGAAAGCUGAAUGGAGUCGAAGGCAAAACUAGCUGUGGUGGUUUUCACAUCAGGAAACAUAUGGUUCAACAUUAUCUGAAUUUAAAGAGAAGUGGACCUCCAAAACGUUUAAUGUACUAUCAAAAUGAUGAAUGGACUGACUUUCCUGAGGAUAUUCUUGCAAUCGUUAGAAAAGAUUUCCAGAUGGAGAAAUCAGUUAUAGAGGUAGACUUUUAUGGUAAAAUUUGUGUGCUUGACUUUGUCUCUGUAAUGCUGGUCGACUUGAAGACAGGUUCCCAGCAACCAAUUGCAUGGAUUGAUGAAGCUGGGAACCGUUUUGUCCCUGAAAAUUUUGCAGACUGUGAUGAAGUGGAUGAAUACAAUGACACUAAAAAUGGGAACAAUUACAUUGAGGUAAAUUUGGAUAAUCUAGGCUCCAAUGAUAUGAAGCUGAAAAUUAAGAUUGAAGUAAAUGGAUCAAAUAUCUCCAAGCCAGAGGAAUCAUGUGGGGAGUCCAAUACUCUUGUUAGACUAGUUAACGGUGAUCUUGAACCUGAGGUGAAAGAUUUUAAUAUGGAAAAUAUUGAUCAUUAUGUUGGCUCUUCAGCUGCAAAAUGUGAUGAGGGUUCUGCUGAAAAUGAACAGAGAGAGGAAAAAGCAACAAUGAUUGGUUCCCCUUUGGGCUAUCUGGAGUCCGAUUCAGUGAGGAAAAUGUUUCUUUCAGGCGUUAAGCCAUCUGCACAUGCAUAUAUAAUUGAUGUAUACCGUGACACAAGCAUUCUCAUGAAAGCAAAAUCGGAACUUUUUCUGAAGCAGGCUGAAAUUGUGAAAAAACUGCAUGGGGAUGCCAAUAUCCGAUUUGCGUGGCUUCCUUCUUCUAAAAGUGUACUUUCUAGGAUAAUGAAAUAUGGCCUUGUUAGUUGUGAUACAAUCCAAAUGAAAUCUCCGUAUUGCUAUGGAGUUCAUCUAGUUGCUAUUGAUCAUACUGAGAUCAGUGCAAACUACUGUGAUGUUGACGAAAAUGGUGUACGACACAUGAUAUUGUGCCGAGUCAUUAUGGGAAAUAUGGAGCCAGUUCAUCUUGGAUCUAAGCAGUUCCAUCCCAGCAAUGAGGCUUUUGAUAAUGGUGUAGAUGAUUGUCAAAAUCCAAAGCAUUACAUAGUUUGGAGUAUGAACAUGAACACUCAUAUCUAUCCAGAAUAUGUUGUUAGUUUCAAGUCUUCUUCUGAAGCUGAAGGAGCUCUGGUUGAAAGUGAGAAUCUGACUGAUAUUUCAGGGGUUAGUACUUGUUGUCAGGUGUCUUCAGAUCAGGUAAACAACAACCGUCAAAUUUUACUCCAAAAUCCUCAAGGAAGGGUUCUUCCUAGGAUCCCAAGGUCCCCUUGGAUGCCAUUCCCCAUGUUGUUUGAUGCUAUCUCCCAGGAAGUUGAUCCAGAGAAAAUGCGAAGAAUUAAUAUCAGCUAUGAGUUAUUCAAGAGUAAAAAGAUUAGCCGGGAUGAUUUGGUCAGAAAGCUGAGGUUGACUGUUGGAGAUACCUUAUUGAAGAACACAAUAAUAAGUCUUCAGGCCAAGAUGAUGGCUCAGUCACCUGGUGAAAUUGUCAAUCCACCGAAACCAGAGCCCGGAAACUGAAGAGGAUCCUUAUGUUCAGGUUGUUGAGAAGAGUGGCUUUUGUUAUCUGUACAAGUAGUAUAAUCAUGAAAAAUAUACCCAACUCUUUUCCUUUAAUUGCAGUUACAUAUGUCAAAAUUAAAUACUAGUUUGCCUUUCGUUAAUGCGAAGGAACUUAUUUCAACUCA